UCAGAUUGCUUAAGCAUUGCUUACUUUGAACGAUCACUAUCACUUAAACGUUAGUAGGUCAUGUAGCAAGUAGAGGCGGAGUUCUGGUCAGAUAGACUAUAUCAGGCUAGGCAGGAGAGUGGCCACAACACAGAGGGAAGCAUCUGCAGCCGUCACACUCCGACAUGAUGGAGCUCUAUCUCGAUUUGAUAUCCCCACCUUGCCGCUCUGUCUUUCUGUUUGCCAGAGCGCUCAGGAUUCCCUUUGAGUUCAAGGUUGUCGACCUUGCCACAGGGCAGCAGUACAGCAAGGAGUUUGGGGACCUCAGCAUCGUGAGAAAGGUUCCUGUCAUGAAGGAUGGAGGCUUCAUUCUGACUGAGAGUACUGCGAUCUUGGAGUACCUUAUGCAGAAAUACUCGGGGUCAGUGGCAGAUCACUGGUUUCCUGCUGAUCUGCAGCAGCGAGCACGUGUGAACGAAUAUUUCUCCUGGCAGCACAUGAACCUCAGAACUCACUGUUCAAAGGUCUUCCUGCUCAGGGCUCUGUAUCAGAUUGUCAUGGACUCUGAAAUCCCGAAGGAGACGAUGGACUUUGCUGUUGAGAAUGUGAAGCAGUCGCUCAACUUGCUGGAGGAGAAAUUCCUCCAGAGUAAACCGUUCAUCCUCGGGGACAAAAUCUCUGUGGCUGAUGUGGUGGCCAUAGUGGAGAUCAUGCAGCCUUUUGGAACUGGUUUUGAUGGGUUUGAAGGUCGCCCGAAGCUGAUCGCCUGGAGGGACAGAGUGAAGAAAGAGCUCGGUGAGAAGUUAUUUGAAGAAGCUCACGAGGCGCUCAUGAAGUCCAGCAACAUGCCACAGAAGCUGAAGAACAGCGGCAAUUUUGCCCAGCUUAAACCUAUACUGCAGAAGCUUUUCCGCUGAGGAGGUUUCUGUAUGCAAACCGACAAAAUCAAACUUUAUUGGUCGGACUGAUCAGUCCAGUUUGUUUUUAUUGGGAUGUUUUCAUACUUAAAGAAAUCAUGAGCAUUUAACCAUCUGCACUUUGUACAAAGAAAAAAAAUAAAUUUACAUCUGAUUAAAACUAA